AUGCCUUCUUUACCACCACUUUCCAUUUUCCUCCUCCCUCCUCCCUCCAUUUCUUCCCUAAAUGAAGAGUACACCAUCAAACACAGAUCGUCAAAUACCGGCGCUUUGUCACACCCCAGUGUGUCUCAUAAGAUCCGUUUCAACUUCACUCUACGAGACGCCUACCAGGAGAUCCCAUUGAGCAUGGCUGAAGAUUCAGUUGAUGACAUGUACUUUGGCUGCAAUCAAGCAAUGUUUAAAAUAGUCAAGAACAAAUACUUAGAGGAAGAAAAGAACAUGAGGCCAUUUAAAGAUGCCUGGAAAGAAGAAGAAAAAUGUGCUGAAGAGAACCUAAAAAAGAGAGCGGCUAAGGCUCUAACCAAAGAUCACAUGCAAGCAAUCUGUGUUUAUACAUCUGACAGAGUGUACAAGGAGUUUAAUGAUGCAGUCCGGACAAAAGGGAGCUUCUAUAGCUCCACAUUUCAGUUCCACUCUUUACAUUUCCUGCUGACAUCUGCCGUACAGAUCUUGAAUAGAGAUUUCUACUGUCACAAUACUUACAGACGAACCAAUGUUAAGUUUACUGGAAAAGUUAAUCAAUUAAUUCGGUUUGGUUCCUUUGCCUCCAGCUCUUAUAGAACAGACUUGAUAGACUUCGGUAACGAGACCUGCUUUAAAACUAAGACCUGUUCAGGUGCUUUUUUGAAAAACUAUUCAAAGUAUAAAGAAGAAGAAGAAGUGCUCAUCCCCCCCUAUGAGACGUUCAAGAUAACUGAUAUAAUUAAUGGUCAGCGUAAAAUUCAAGGUCUGGAAGAUUGUAAAGUUGUCUAUGUCUUGGAGAGUGCAGGGGCUAAGAGCACUCAAAACUGCAAGGUUGCUCUCGAAUGA